ACAAGUGUUAUGUCUGUUGAUGAUUUGUGUUAAUGAAGCUGUGUAUAUAUUUGUUUAAUAUGAAUGAAACUAGUGUGGCCUUCUCUCUUUGAUCAUCUCCGUUUAAGAGAUAUAAAACAGAGUCUCUUUCUCCCAAAAUUAUAACAUAAACUUCAAAGUUACCAUUUCCGCAGUAGUUCAAGCCACACCAUCGAGUUAGAUCCAAAUCAUAUAUAGAAAUACAUGAUGUCCGAUAUGAAAUUUCAUUGGCAGAGGGAAACCAACGUUCCUUGCAAGGAGUGUUAUCUUUUCCAAUCUUGAUUGAAGGAUUUAGAGGUUGCUUGGAAAAGGAGAGAAUUGGGUUGUUAGAGCUCAAGGCUUUUAUAGAAUCAGUCAGUGAAGGUCCAGAUACUACACUCAUUACAUGGGUUGAUGAUCAUGAAAGAAGCAAUUGCUGUAGUUGGGAUAGAGUUAAGUGCAAUGCCACUACUGGGAGACUAAUGGAGCUCUCUCUUAGUCAUGCAAGGACAGGCAUCCCUGGCACUUUGUUCCGAAAUCACAAUCUAAAUAUCUCUUUGUUCCAUCCUUUUGAAGAACUGGUGAGUCUUGAUUUAUCUGACAAUGGAUUUGGUGGGUGGAUAGAUCAGACUGAAGGUUAUACAAGAUUUUCGAGCCUGAAGAAGCUGGAGAAGUUAGAUCUCACUGAUAACUAUUUCAACACCGACAUCUUCUCAUCUUUCAGCCAAUUCAAAUCGCUCAAGACCCUGAUUAUGCCUUAUAAUGAUCUGAAAGGAUCCUUUCCUGUAAAUGGUUCUAAAGGAUUGUUGAGUUUGAAGAAACUGGAGAUUUUAGACCUUAAUGGCAAUCUCCUCAGUAGCAGUAUCUUGUCAUCAUUGACAGCACUUACGUCGCUAAGGACUUUGAUUCUUAGUAACAACAAUAUGGAGGGUUCCUUUCCUAUCCAAGAACUGAUAAAGUUGAAGAACUUGGAAAUGCUUGAUCUAAGCAGUAACCGAUUUAAUGAUUCCAUCCAAGGUUUUGCAGGAUCAGGUAGUUUGAAGAAGCUACUGGUUUUAGACCUGAGUAACAAUCGUUUCAGCAGCAGUGCAUUCUCGUUAUUGAGUGCAAUCUCAUCACUCAAAACUUUGAUUCUUAGUAACAACCAUAUAGAAGGUUCACUUCCUAUCAAGGAAUUAACAAGGUUUCAAAACUUGGAAUUGCUUGAUCUAAGUGAUAAUAAAUUUAAUGGUUCCAUACAAGGAAUAUGUGAAUUGAAGAACCUCCUUGAAUUGGAUCUCAGUGACAACAAGUUUAGUGGCCAUCUUCCAAAGUGCUUUGGCAAUAUGACCAACCUCCAAGUUCUUGAUCUUUCAUCCAAUCAAUUGGAUGGGAACAUACCAUUUGAUGUUAGCAAUCUCAAGUUUCUGGAGUAUUUGGCGCUUUUCAAUAACAAUUUUGAAGGCUUAUUCUCACUCGGUUUAUUAGCUAACCUUUCAAAACUCAAGGUGUUGGGACUUUCAUCAAAAAGCAAAAUGUUUCAAGUGGAAACUGAAAAUUUUACUUGGCUCCCAAAAUUUCAAUUGAAGGCACUUGAGUUGAGCAAUUGCAACCUCAAUCAGAAAACUAACACCAUCCCUAGUUUUCUUUUCCACCAGUAUGACUUGAGAUACAUUGACAUCUCUUUCAACAACUUGGUCGGAAUGUUCCCCAAUUGGUUGCUUCAGAAUAACUCAAAGUUAGAAGUUAUCAAUUUAGUGAAGAACUUGUUCCAGGGAAUCCUGCAGUUGCCCAAUUCUACGCAUGAUUUGAUUACUCUGAACAUUGCAGACAACAAAUUUUCAGGUCAUCUCCCAAAGAAUGUUGCUAUGAUCCUUCCGAAACUAUCGUACAUAGAUAUGUCGAUGAAUAGUUUUGAAGGAAGGGUUCCUUCUUCAAUGGGAGAGAUGAACAGUCUACACUUUCUAGAUUUGUCUGCUAAUAAUUUUUCAGGAGAAUUACCAAGAAGUCUCUCAAAAAAUUGCACCAAUUUGAGAUUCUUGAAGCUAUCAAAUAACAACUUUCAUGGGAAAAUUUUUCCCACAUAUAUGAACUUGACCAGGUUGCUGCACUUAUAUUUGAAUGACAACUUUUUCACUGGGAAGAUAGGAGACAAGCUGACAAACAUCACUCGCUUAGAACUCCUAGACAUUUCCAACAACAAUGUAUCGGGUGGAAUUCCUCAUUGGAUCGGUAACAUCUCCUCUCUAACUAGCAUUUCAAUGUCAAAAAACCUCCUGGAAGGUAGCAUCUUGGACCAAUUUUGCAGUUUGAAAAACCUUAAAGUUUUAGACCUCUCUGAAAAUAGAUUAUCUGGGUCUUUAUCCUGUUUGCUUAAUAUCUCGUCCUUGCGAUUCUUGUAUUUGCAAAGGAAUGGUCUCAGUGGGUUACUUUCUCAUGCUUUACUAAGUGAAAGCUCCCGUUUGAGUACACUUGAUUUGAGAGACAACAAUCUUUCAGGAAGCAUUCCACCAUGGAUUAAUACACUUUCAAAGAUACGCAUUCUUCUAUUAGCAGGGAAUCACUUACAGGGUCAAAUCCCUAACCAUUUAUGUCAAAUGCAAGUUUAUAUCAUGGAUCUUUCACGAAAUCGGCUUUAUGGGUCCAUACCUUCAUGCUUUGCCAAUAUAUCCUUUGGGAUGGCAGCGGGUGAAUCUUCCUUUGUUACUAGUCUGAUCAGGUUCAAUGCAAUUAUCAGCCUUAGUUCUUAUUAUAGUUCCAAUCUUGAACUGAACUCAGACACUAGUGGUUCUCAAAGGCCAUAUGAACAAGCAGAAGCAGAAUUUACAACAAAAUAUAGACACAAUUCUUACCAGGGUGACAUUCUUCACUACAUGUUUGGAUUGGAUUUGUCAUGCAAUGAGUUAAGUGGUGCCAUUCCAGCACAAGUUGGAGAGCUGAAGAAUCUUCGUGCGUUGAAUCUCUCGCAUAAUAAGUUAUCUGGAUCUAUACCAGUGAGCUUUUCUGGCCUCAAACAAAUAGAAAGUCUAGACCUUUCAAGCAACAACUUGAGUGGCCAAAUUCCUUCUCAAUUGACUGAGCUACAUUUUUUAUCCAUAUUCAAUGUGUCAUACAACAACUUGUCCGGGAUGACCCCUGAUAAAGGUCAGUUUGCAACAUUUGAUAGGAGCAGUUAUGAAGGUAAUCCUAGUCUUUGUGGCUCCCUCAUUGAAAAGAGUUGCAACAGCUCGGAGGUGCCCCCAACAACAGUGCCCUUUAAUGGAGAAGAGAAUGACAGUAUGGUAGAUAUGGUGGCAUUUGGUUGGACUUUUUCAGCUUCAUAUGCUAUGGUACUAUUGGCGUUAGCCGCAGUCCUCUACAUCAAUCCUCACUGGUGUUAUCUCUGGUUUAAUUUCGUUGAUUGGAUCAUUUAUUUAUGCUUCAAAAGGUUUAGUUCAAUGUAACAUUCUCUUGGUGGUCUUGCCAAGCCUAAAUAACAUUAAGUGGACAUUCUUUACUUACAUUUCAGAUGUUGGUAAACUCUACGAUAUAAUAAUUUGGAGGAG